AACUGAAGCUGUGGGUCUAGAGGGUAUUGCUCUAGCUUGGUUGCUGCGUUUUGUAAUUAGGGUUUCUGGCCGUGAGGAGUGGAGUUAGAUUUUGCUGUCUUCAUUCAAUCGCCAGCAAGGGGGCAGAUUUUAGUGAAAACAUGGCGGCGAAAGCGGGAUCCGCGUCGAGGAUGAUUAAGUACUUGAAGCCGUACGAGCUGAAAUUGCAUUUCUCGAACAAGUAUGUGCGUUCUAUGGUAGUGCACAAGCCCACCAGUCAUACAGUGGUGGCAGCGACGUCGCAGGAGAAGGAUUUGAGGGAGCAGCUUCCUGCUACGGGUGAUGUCGCGGCGGCUGCACAAAUUGCAAGUAUCUUGGCCUCGAGGUUGAAGGUGAAGGAUGUUCCAGCGGUCACUUACGAGUUGAAAAAGGGGGAAAGAUACCAUGGGAAGAUUAAAGCAUUUUUGGAUAGUUUACGGGAAAAUGGCAUUCAACUCAUUUAGGGUUUCAUUCGGCUUAGUGAACGUUCAGGGGUGUAUUGAGUGGAACUAUCUAUGCGCUGCAUUGUAUUCGUAGAGCAAGGGUCGGGCGAGCAGGUCCUGAUUCAGCAAUCGGUGGUGCAGGUGAUGUUGGAAAUGUAGACUUGGAUUCUUGUUAACAAGCCGAUCGUUCCUUUUCUUUUUUCUUGUCGUCGUUUCUCUUUUGCCUCCUAUCUUCUGUCUCUGUAUAGUGAGUCAACUUCCAGACAGAUAUGGUACUCUAUGUAGUGAAGUGAAUGGCUUGAACCUCAUUUAGAAGGCGAUCGACAUAGACCUAUCUGUAUUGAAGACAUUACAACGGGUGUCUAAUGUCCUGGGGUUUCGCAAUUCAAACAUUUUUUUUCUCUUAAA